AGCGCUCAGAUCCUACGGCUUUGAGCAAUAGCACCACCCACGCACACGAGUCAAGCACGAGCGGACAAAUCCCACCGACAUGACAUGCACACACUCCCAUGAAGUCAGUCAUCGAGAGAGACCAACGAAGGAAGGAACAGACAAAAAGAGCACACAGGCAGGCGGGCAGGGCAUCAAAAAGCCCUGACUGACCCCAUAGCAGGCAGUGCCCGCCUCACGAACAGAACACAGAAAGGAACCAAGGAAGCAAGGGAGGAUGAAUUCUCACACACACGCACACACACACACACACUCAUCCAUCCACUCACUCAUUCACUCAUAGAGAUGCAUAUUCUACACCGGCCCUCUUCUCACUGAGAAUGAAUGCCGAGAAAGCAAGGCAACGCAACAACGACGGGAGGGACAGACAGGAUAUACACACACACACACACACACAUGCACAUACACCCCCCGACAACAGCGACCAGCAGCCAACAGACCAAAAAGGUGGCUCCGAUGGCUCCUGUCCACAGACAGACAGACAGACAGACAGGCAGGCAGACCAUUCAUGUCAUUGUCAAUUACACUACCACCACAGUCAACGGGAAGCAGGCAGGCACAGACACGCGCCGACAGACAGACAGAGUAAGAGACAGCAUGAUCAAGCAACAAUCUGGUCGCUUGCUGUCGUCUCCACUGUUACACACACCCCGCCCUGCUGAGCUGUACACACACGCUGUUGGGCAGCCCACACGCAGCCAAGCUAUACACGGGGGGCAUGGCAUGGCAGCCCACUGCUCUGCUCCCCUCCCUCCCCCCUCCACCAAUCGUCACUCGUCACGAAAAAGAGAGACAGACAGAUUCACGCACCGCCCUCCCCUUGCUGUAAUUCGGUUUUCCGCCUGGCCCAGAACCGCAAGAAGGUCCGGCCCAUGUCGAUGUGGGCCGCUGCGUGCUCACGCACAUAGGUCUCAGCCCACCCGUACAGCCGCACCACACACGGGGGCAGUUGGGGGCCGCUCAGGUGCGGCAUGGCACGCUGCAGCCGAUCUGCCACAUUCGGCGACUCGAUGCACGGCACCUGGGAUGGUAGGUGGGCACAAACAACGUGUGUGUGUGUGCGUCUGUCCAUGUGUGUGUUUCCCUGGGUGAGUGCAGUGCCUACUGCGGGGUCGCCGAAUGAGAGAGGUGAGGAGGGCCAUCGUUCGGGUGAGAGCACGUUGAUGAGCUCCACGUACGUCCGUGUGGGUGUGGCGUACAGGCGGAUCAGCCAAAAGUCGCCCCGCGUGCCGAAUGCCCACGCAUAGUUGCGGCCCUGCAUCAGCCAACCAAUAUCACGAGCCCACACGUACACCAAUGGCUCUUCUGUUGUGUGUGUGGUGUGUGUGUGUGUACCUCUAGCUCGACGAGUGGCCGUCCGAAGUGCGACAGCAGGUGGCACCUCAUGGCCAUGCCUAAAUCGGCAUGGCCCGCAUCGCGACGGUAUAUCUGUAAACAGACAGACAGACAGACACAGCACAGGUACACGUCAGUCGUGGCCCUGUUUGUUGCCUACAUCGAUGGCGCCGCAUCGCGAGUGCUGACAAUGCCGCCUAUCCCGACCGAUGCAGAAGAAACCGAUGUAAAACCUGCAGACAGACAGACAGACAGACGACAGACAGACAGAGACAGACAUGCAUACCACACCAAGCGCUAUCAAGUCCUUCCCUCCCCCUCACUGACCAGAGGUUGCGAUCUCUGUUGCUGUUUGUGUUGAGUGCAUUGAUCUUGCGCCUGAGCAGCUCCUGCUGCGCCCUCUCCAGGCCGGCGUGGUCCCCCCUCGCCUCAGCAAAGAGACCCCUGAUCUCAGGCCGCGACACAUCCUCAUCACCAAACACCAACGGCAGCUCCACCUCCCCUGCACCACACACACACACACCAUCCAUGACGAGAGAGAGAUGCGAUGCGCGUCUUGUCUGUCUGACUCUGCCUUGUCUGGGUGUUGGCUUCACACCUGCGAUUGCACACCUGUUCCGUGCAGCACCCUGAGCAGUUCGCCCCAGCCUGACCACUCGCCGCCAUCCCUCAGCAGCCGAUACAGCACAAACAGCUUGUUGUCGCGGCCAUUCACAUCGAAGCUCAGCUGCCUAUCGGGGUCGGAAUCGGUCGCCGACAGCCUGCGGUCUAUCUCGGCGUCGGUGACCACCUCCUUCAGCAGCGCACGGCACACGCUCCGUGCGUGUGCGAGGGCCCUCACGUUGAGGUUUGGCAGCACGAGGACCUGGAACUCCGGCGGAUGAAUGCACGACAAGGUGCCCACGGGCUCCGACAACGGCAUCAAGCCGAAAUGAACACGCCUCAGAAGCCAGAGCAGAAAAGCG